AAACUUAAAAAGAAGUUUAAUAACGAAUGCUUCUGGACUCCUCUAAUAACUUCAAUACCAGUAUACCACUGCUCGUGGAAAGACCAUAAUACCCUCGACACGGUGGGGGUAAUAAGGGUAUUUUGCUUUUGGGGCAGAUGUGAAUCAACCAAAUCGAGUUCAGACCGUCUUAAAUCCCAGCUAAAACCCUUGCCUUCUUAGCUCCACCGUCGCCGGUUAAUCCUCCUCCUCCUCCUCCGCCGCCGCCGCCGAAAUGUCCCUGAGAAAAUUAGCUGCCAGUCUCUUGAGAACCGCUUCUAGUGGGAGCCGCGCGUUCCGCUACGGCCGCCCCGAAAGCUUGCAUUUCCGGGCACCAUCAAGUCAGUUAGUAUCUCCGCGCGGAAUCGUUGAUCAGGGGUUCCGUGGGCAGCUACUGUCUCAACAUCGACCGGCCUUUAAUUCAUCAUCCUGUAAUUGGUUUCGAUUCUCGUCAUCUGCAUCUCCGCAGUCCAAUGAUAAGGAGACUGUUAAAUCUGGAAAUGGACAAGAGAAGGGAAGUGACACUCAUCAAACUGAAGCAUCCGCAUCUUCGGAGUCCAAAAUGAAAGGGACUGCUGAAUCUGGAAAUGGAUCGGAAAACCAGGGGAAGGGUGCAGGUGUAGCAGAGUCAUCUUCUGAAGGAACUUCUGAAUCAGAUUCGGAAAGUGACCUCACAAGGGAUGAUCUAGUGAAACUCGUGGAGGAAAAAGAGCAACUUCUUUUGUUGAAGCAGGAAGAGCUCACGCAAAUGAAGGAUAAGAUCUUGAGGAGCUAUGCAGAGAUGGAGAAUGUUAUGGAGCGCACUCGCCGUGAAUCUGAAAAUGCAAAGAAAUUUGCGAUUCAGAACUUUGCAAAAGGCCUUUUGGAUGUGGCUGAUAAUUUGGGCAGAGCUUCUUCUGCUGCUAAAGAGAGUUUUUCAAAAAUUGAUGCAUCUAAAGAUACGACUGGAGCCGUUCAACAGCUCAAAACACUUCUCGAAGGUGUCGAAAUGACUGAAAAACAGUUGACAGAGGUUUUCAAAAAAUUCGGGUUGGAGAAAUACAACCCUGUGGAUGAAGAAUUCGAUCCCAACCGGCACAAUGCCGUAUUCCAAGUACCCGACGCAUCAAAACCAGCUGGCCAAGUCGCAGUAGUUCUAAAGGCCGGAUACAUUCUACACGGCCGGGUUGUAAGGCCAGCUGAAGUCGGUGUGACAGUGGCUGUCGACAAUGAGGAAGCCGGGAAAGAUCCUGAGGCCUAAACGAGUCGAAUGUUCUUGUGUGGAUUCAUUUUUACAACUUUGAUAUAUUUGGUGGUGAGAAUUUUGGGCAUGGAAUAUGUUAGGAAUACUCAGGAUUGAAGAGGAUGGUUUUGUUGCACCAUCUUAUAAGUGAAUAAAGAGGUGCACUUUUAUUUGAUGCCAUCAAUACAUAGAAAAGAUCGG